AUGACAGGCACCGGAUUUAUGGAUCUUCCUUCGGAGAACCAGAUUAAAAUUAUCCAGCUGGCGAUCCCUCCAAUGGUCCUACCAGAGCACCUCACCAUGAGCGGAAGUAUGACAGUUGGCAAUGAGCGCAAUGCAACCCACGCUAUCAUGGCGACAUGCCGCAAACUCCGAAGCCUCCUUCUCAAGGCUCGACCUCUUACCGGCCAUAACUCCACCGGUCAAGCAUUUACCUUUGACGUUGAACGUGAUUCGCUUUUGGUCAUACGCAUGAACAUCCCGGCCAACCUCAAAACCCCGCAAAUUCCCAACCUUCAUGGCAGAGCAUUUCUACGAUCACCGCACCCGUGGGCUAUCAAUGUAAAACAACAUAACCCACUUGAUACUUCUUACGAGGAGAGCCUACCAUUCGAAACAGACUUUCCCAUCGCCCAAGAGAUAGGAUCGCUUCAGGAAAUGGUCGUUGUGGUGCAGACCGCUCCUGGAUGGUACAUCUCCUCGUUCCAGCAAUUUGGCCCCCAGCCGGAACAUCGGCGAGCUGACCCAGUAUUGGGAGACCUCAACCACCCUGUCCAUCAUACAGGACUCCGUUGGACUAAUCCUCAGUUGGAUGACGACCUCUAUUCGGAAGAGGUCCCAAUGAUUGGCCUACACGGUUAUAGCAAGACUCGCCGUGACUGGCGCAACCCGCGCAGCCAGGAGUAUUCCCAAGGCGGUCAAUGGGCUGGUUUUCGUGUUUACCUAGAGAGUCAGGAAGUUGAGUUCCGACCACUCACUUGGGAUGAAGUUGAACCGAUUGUUCACCGGCAGAAGCAGCCGGAGACUGGACGAAAGCUUCUGGGUGACAAGGAUCCGGAAUUUGUGUCCCGAGUUAAGGAUUACGACGUGCAGACUGACGAGCCUUGGGUCAAACAACUCGCAACCACCUGGAAGAUGGUUCGCGCGACGCUUCAUCGCCCUGGUAUGGCACCCGCAAAUUAUGAUAUCGGUCUCAAUUGA